CUUAUGGUCCUGACUGUCUGGCCAUUACUCCCCAGCGGUUUUGCAAUCUCCAAGCUCGACGACCACCAUAAUACGCGUGCCGCUGACGGAAUUAUCAGCUUCAUGUCUCUCGAACAGCCACAAGACUCUGGCCGAUCAAACUCAAGGCAGGUCUAUACACCCUUCACCUAUCUAAGUACGAGACAUUGCCUCCAAGAUGACGAUUCAACUUCAGGAGUUGGCAAAGUUUUCAAAAUCCAAAUCGGCGGGCGCAUCUGAGUUCCAGGCAAAGCGCACGUGCAUUAAAAACCAGUCCAGCACAAGCUUCGUUGACCUCGUAAUCACUAGCCUAGCAGUUCAUCUCAAUGUUCCCAGAUGAAGCCUUAUGAAGAGCCGUCCUGAUAUAGGCCGGCGCGCAGAACAUGUCUGUCUCGAAGGACAUCCAGAUGUCCGAGCAGGGCCAAGGGCGGCCGUCGGUGCAGCCGCAUCCCCAACUAUUUCGAAACAAUGGCGGAAGGUAGCCGGGAGGUCAGUAGAGGGGAUAUGGGAAGAGCCAAGGCAUUGCGCAGAGAAGAAGGCACCCACUCGUUGAUGACCCUGCACUCGCCCCGGAAGUUGUCUAGAUAGCCGGAUCCGCAGUACUUGGUGGGCUCGUUGUAGAGGUCGGCAUCGAACGACACGAUGUGCCAUUGCUUCCACGUCUGCAAAAACAUGUUAUUGCCUCUCACGUGUUAGCCGUUCUGUGGAACCUUCUUUUUUUCUCUCUUUUUUUUUGGCGUUCUUGGGGAAGGGCACCGACGCCAUGGUCAACCAUCUCGC